AUGGCCCUGGCGGAUAGCGCCCGCGGGCUGCCCAACGGGGGCGGCGUGUCGCCCGCGGCGGGGAGCGGGGCGCCGGGCAGCGGGGCGGCCGCAGCGGCGACGGGCGGCUGGUCCUCCUUCCCGGAGAUCGUGGAGCUGAACGUGGGCGGGCAGGUGUACGUGACGCGGCGCUGCACCGUGGUCUCGGUGCGCGACUCGCUGCUCUGGCGCAUGUUCUCGCAGCAGCAGCCCAGCGAACUGCCCCGGGACAGCAAGGGCCGCUUCUUCCUCGACCGCGACGGCUUCCUGUUCCGCUACAUCCUGGACUACUUGCGGGACCUGCAGCUGGUGCUGCCCGAGCACUUCCCCGAGCGCAGCCGCCUCCAGCGGGAGGCCGAGUACUUCCAGCUCCCCGACCUGGCGCGGCGCCUGGCGCAGACUCGGGCGGCCGCCGCCCGCCCCGCCGUCCUGCACCGCGACGGCUCCAUCUGCGCCGAGGAGCCGCCGCCGCCGCUCCUCGGCUACCUGGAGGCCGAGCCGCUGGAAGGAGGCGGCGGGGCCGUGGCAUCCGCCCCGUCGCCCACCGCCAGCCGCAGCCCCUCGGGCGGGCCGCUGCUCACGCCCUCGCAGUCGCUGGACGGGGCGGGCGGGCGGCGCUCGGGCUACAUCACCAUCGGCUACCGGGGCUCCUACACCAUCGGGCGGGAGGCGCAGGCUGACGCCAAAUUCCGACGGGUGGCCCGCAUCACCGUCUGCGGCAAGACGGCCCUGGCCAAAGAGGUCUUCGGGGAGACCCUGAACGAGAGCCGCGACCCAGACCGCCCUCCCGAGCGCUACACUGCCCGCUACUACCUCAAGUUCAACUUCCUCGAGCAAGCCUUCGACCGACUCUCCGAGGCCGGCUUCCGCAUGGCCGCCUGCUCCUCCACCGGCACCUGCGCCUUCGCCCCCGAGCAGGGCGGUCCUGCCGAUGACAAGAUCUGGACCAGCUACACCGAAUAUGUUUUCUGCCGGGACUGAGCAUCCGGCCAGCCGGCGGCGUGGGGACAAGACAGCGGGCUCUGCACACCCUCGCACCUACAGUCCCGUCGCAUCCCGAAGGAAGGAGGAUGUGAAGCGGGGCUGUGUCUCCCUGUGCUUUUCUCAUCCCGGUGUCUGCCUCCACGCACAAGGCGGGUCAGCCCCGGCGCAGCCCCCACCCCUCUUGCAGCACCUCCUGACGGCCCCGGGGACAGGAGGUCACUGUGUUGUACCUCGGCUGUCGAGUCCCUUCUUGGCCACCACG